AUGAAUCCAUAUACAACCAAAGGAACUUUGAGAAGAAAGUUGAAGCGUAAAUGCAAGCACACAGUUCCGAAGGUCACCAUCAAAGAAGAAGUUGUUGUCAAAGAGGAGCCAAGAGAUGCAGCUGAAUUAGUUCAGCUUCCACCGUCGCCAACACCAAUUGAUGUAAAUAAAACGAUCAAAUCGGAGAGCGAGAGCGACGAUGAGCUGUGUACGAGUUGCGAUCUUGAUUGUGCAAAGAAAGAAAUCAAGAGCGAAGACGAAGGAGAAUGUUCGAAGAAAAGUUACUGCUCAUCGACACCAGAUGAUGGUCCGAGUCGAGGCAAAGGUGAUGAUAGAUAUGGUGAACAUCGACGUCAAUCAAAACCAAACAAAGAAAACAGUGAAGGACGACGUGGUCGCACAUCUAAAGCGAAGAAAGAUAAUCAGUCAAAAGGUGCUAUGCCUGGUAAUGUGCCUGAUUGGAUGGACACUUCACAAAACAGUGCAGAAAUAUCGACGGUGCCCAGUCAUGCAACGGGUCCAAGAAUUCAAGAAAUAUUUGCCAGCAAAAUUGCAUGUAAACUUGGUUUUGUAAAGAUUUUUACAACGACAACUAAAGUAGCCAAAGAGCAUUUGGACUUUUUGAAAACUUUGAACGAUACGGUAGUUAAAGCAGAAAGGAACGAAGCAUUCACUGGCAUUGAAGAUUUGGGAGCACGUAUACAAAAUUUAAAUACCGUGAAGAAAGCGAAUACAGCGGAAAGCAAUGAAAUAAUUCAAAGCACCCUUAUACCAGCACUGGAUGAGUUUGUGAAACAACAUAAGAAGGCCAUUUCGAAUUUGCAAAAUGAUGUUCAGAAGGUCAAAGCCAUUCAGUGUCCAACCACUACGAAUUUUGUUGAGAGUCUUAAGAAAGCGCUUGCGGGACAAGGGGAAGAAUCGAAAGAGCAAAAGGCAAACGAAGCAAUAUCGGAUGAUAAGAAAUCUGCAGAUAAAAAACCAAGCGAAGGGAAAUCCAAAGAAGAGAAACCUAGUGAACAAGGUUCAAAUGAGGCUGACAAAUCAAAGCCAGAAAGUGGAAAAACUAACGUCGAUGAAAAAUCUGGUGAUAAAGCAGGUCAGGAAAUGUCAUCAGACAAAAAAUCUAUAAGCAAUGAAAAAACUGACGAGAAAAAAUCGGAAGAUGGUAAAACGGGCAGUGAAAAAUCAUCAGAAAAAAAAUUAGCCAAAUCGAAUGAGCAAAAAUCAGAUGAGAAGAAACUUGACGAUGAAGAAACAAGUGAAGGAAAACCCAAUGGAGAAAAAUCCAGUGCCGAAAAGCUCAUAGAAAAAACUAAAGCUAAAACGUUUGCGAAGGACGAUAAAUCGGCAGAAGUGGAAUCUGAUGAAAAGUCAAAAGAUGUAGAUACAAGUGAAGAAAUGUCAACAGAUAAAAACCAAGGGAAA